AUGGCUGCGGCGGCAAUCCUACCGGAGCUGGGGACGCAUGUGCUCAUCCCGGUCGCGGCGGCCGUGGGCAUCUCUUUCUCGGUGGUGCAGUGGGUGCUGGUGUCCAAGGUGCGGCUCGCCCCCGAGCGACGCGCGGACGGCGGCGGAGCCGUCAAGAGCGGCCCCAGCGACUACCUCAUCGAGGAGGAGGAAGGGCUCAACGACCACAACGUCGUGGUCAAGUGCGUCGAGAUCCAGAAUGCCAUCUCCGAAGGUGAGAAGCCGAGCGCUGGCUAGCUCUGUGUUUUUCUC